AUGGGGAAAAAGCUGCGACACUUGGUUCUGGUGGUGGUGGCGACGCUUGUGAAGGGAGGUGCGGCGCAGUCGGGGUGCACGGUGGCGCUGAUGAGCUUGAGCCCGUGCCUGAACUACGUGAGUGGAAACUCGUCGAACCCGUCGGCGUCGUGUUGCAUGAGCUUGUCGAGCGUGGUGGGGGCGCAACCGCAGUGCCUGUGCAUGCUGCUCAAAGGCGGGGGCUCCAGGUUGGGCAUCACGGUCAAUCAGACCAUCGCGCUCGCUCUGCCCGGAGUCUGCAAGGUGCAGACGCCUCCACUCAGCCGCUAUGAUGAUGCGAAUGCUGUUGCGCCUGCGCCUGCGCCUGUUGAUGCUCCUUCUGACGAGGCGCCUGAUUCUCCGACUCCAACAACACCGGCAGUCACUGAUAUUCCCUCAGGUGCAGGGUCUAAGACAGUUCCUAGGACUGAUGGAUCGACCACCAAUUCAGGAAGCAAUGUGGGACCAAAAAUGACACUAUUAAUACAUUGA